AUGAGAGCAGGUGAAGAAGAAGCACAACUAAAUUUUAAGGGUUUGAGUGAUAUUGAGGAUGACAAUACUGAAGAUGGACUUGAAGAAUAUUAUAGUGAGGAUGAAUAUGUUGGAAAGGCAUUAUGGCAAACUUUCAAAAUGCCUAAAAGCAUAAAGGACUAUAAGUGGCAGUUGGGAACAUACUUUUUUACUAACCAAGAUUUCAAGGAUGCCAUAAGGACAUACGAAAUACACAAUGGUAGGAACAUGAAGUUCAAGAAAAAUGAUAAAAAAAAGGAUGAGAGUGAUAUAGAACAAUACAAAAGGAUACAUGACUAUGCACAUGAACUUUUGAGGGCCAAUUCUGGUUCAACAAUUAAAGUUACCAGCCAACCAUUCCAAGGUGAAGUAGAAAAUAUUGAGAAUCCUCAAAGUCAACUGAAUCCUCAUUUUCAGAUAAUGUACAUCUGUUUCAAAGCAUGCAAGAACAAUUUUUUCAAGUGUAGGCCUAUAAUAGGUUUGGAUGGAUGCUUCUUGAAGGGUUACUAUGGUGGACAUAUUCUUGCUGCAAUUGGGAGGGAUCCCAAUGACCAGAUAAUACCAAUUGCUUUUGCUGCUGUGGAGGGAGAAACCAAAGAUUCUUGGAGUUGGUUCCUUGAGUUGUUGAUAUCUGACCUAGGAUGGCCAAGGAUAUGCAAAACCUACACUUUCAUUAGUGACCAACAAAAGAGGUUCUGUGUCAGGCAUUUGUACAACAAUUUUAGGAAGAUAUUCCCAGGUGCCAAACUCAAGGAAUUAAUGUGGAAAGCUGCUACAACUAGCUAUACUAAUGCAUUUGAAAAGGCUAUGUUAGAGAUGAAGGGUGUUAAUGAGACCGCCUUCAAGCAUUUGAUAAAGUUGGCCAAACGUAUAAUAACCAUGCUUGAAGAAAUCAGGGUAUAUCUCAUGCUAAAGUGGGAGUCAAAUAGAGAGAAAAUUGCCAAGUUUGAAGGAGAUACUUUGCCCAACAUCAAGAAAAAGCUUGCAAAAGAAUCUGGAAGAACAAAAUACUGGAUUGUGAGGCGUGCAUGUGAGUUUGUUUAUGAGGUGAGAUAUAUCUCAAAUAAUGAAGAAAAGUAUGUUGUGAAUUUGUCCACCAAAACGUGUUCUUGUAGGUUAUGGAUGCUAACUGGUUUAUCUUGCUGUCAUGCUAUGACUUGCAUGAAAUCACAACUUGAUGUUGAAAAAUUUAUGCCUGACUAUUACAAAAAGGCUGUUUAUGAGGCAUGCUAUGCAAUCGUGAUUUUUCCAGUCAAUGGAGAAAAUAUGGGGGAGAAGAAAGACUAUGAUGAAUUACAACCACCACCUAUCAAGAGGCAACCAGGAAGGCCAAAAAGAAGAGAACUAGAGACCCAUCUGAGAGUAUCAGGAACGAGACUCAGCUAA